AUGCAAGGUGCAGUUCUGACGAUCGGGAGCAAUUUUGGUUUGAGUGUCUUACUCAAGGACACUUUGAUAUGUGGACAGGAGGAGCUGGCUUAUAACCCAGUUUCCAGCUUCACCUCUCCACCCCCAUCUGCAGCCAAAGUGUGCAUGCUUCAAAACAGCUUUCAGCCAGGUUUUGUUGCCAAGGGUGACUAUGUUAUUGGGGGGAUCUUUCCCCUUCACUAUAACCAGGAGAUGCCAGACCUCAACUGCACCUACAAACCACCACCAGUGAAGUGCAACGGCUUUGAUCCCAGAGCUUUCCGCUGGGCUCAGACUAUGAGGCUGGCAGUGGAGGAGAUAAACCUGAGUACAAAGCUAUUGCACAAUUACACCCUUGGGUACAAAAUCUUUGAUUCAUGUGCAUAUCCACUGACCGGCCAGAGGGCUGCUCUGGCAGUGCUAAAUGGGCUGAGCGAGGACGACUUUCCCAUGUGCAGCGGUGCCUCUCCGCUUCUUGCUAUGAUUGGGGAAUCUGGUUCUGCUCAGUCCAUCGUGUUGUCAAGAAUCCUGCAGCCAUUCAGAAUCCCAAUGAUCAGCUACUUUUCUUCAUGUGAUUGUCUUUCUGACAGAAAGCAAUAUCCUACCUUUUUCAGAGUAAUCCCUAAUGAUGACUAUCAGGUGAAGGCCAUUGCUCAGUUGCUGGUACACUUCAACUGGACUUGGGUAGGGCUGAUUCGGGGGGACCAUGAAUAUGGACGCUUUGCUGUGCAAGGUUUACUGAGAGAAUUACAGGGUACCAAAGUGUGUGUAGCAUACCAGGAAAUCAUACCUCUGCUCUACAAUCGCCAGAGGGCAUUGGAGAUCAUGCAGGUGAUGCGUAGCUCUUUGGCCAAAGUGGUGGUGGUAUUUUCAGCCGAGGGGGAGAUGACACCUUUCCUGAGAGAUUACAUGACGCAAAACAUCACUGGAAUCCAAUGGGUGGCUAGCGAGGCCUGGGUCACAGCAUCUGUCUUUACAGGAAGCGAGUAUUAUUCCUACGUGGGAGGCACUAUUGGGUUUGGCAUCAGAAAAGGUCAUAUAUCCAGACUUAGUGAGUACCUGCAGACAGUAAACCCACAGAUGUAUCCCAAUAGUCUUCUGGUUAAGGAGCUGUGGGAAGCUCUGUAUGGUUGCAGUCCCUCUGAGUUCUCUAGCUCACACUUGCCUCUCUGCUCAGGACAGGAGUCCUUGUUGAAGCAGCAUUCAGCUUACAUGAAUACAUCCAGCCCUAGAGUGGCCUAUAAUGUCUACAAGGCUGUUUAUGCAAUUGCUCAUUCCCUCCAGAACCUUCUUCUCUGUCAACCAGGCAGAGGGCCUUUUCAAAACAACUCAUGUGCUCAAAGCAACAAUAUACACCCCUGGCAGCUCCAAUACUACCUCCAGGAAGUGACAUUUAACAUUGGCGAGGAGGAGGUGAACUUUGAUCUGAAGGGCGACUCCGUACCUUAUUAUGAUAUCAUCAACUGGCAGAGAGGCACAGGCGGGAACAUUGAGUUUGUCAACGUGGGAUUGUUUGAUGGAAUGAAGCCUGCAGGACAAGAGCUGGUGAUCCAGGAGGACAGGAUAAUGUGGGCAGGACAUCAGAGUGAGGUGCCAAUGUCUGUGUGCAGUGCCAGCUGUCUUCCAGGGUCCCGGAAGGCUGUCCGUCAUGGGGAGCCUGUUUGUUGCUUUGACUGUGUACCAUGUGACAGUGGCAAAAUUAGCAAUCAGACAAAUUCAAUAGAGUGCACAUUUUGUCCUGAGGACUUCUGGUCAAACAAAGACAGAACCGCCUGCAUCCCCAAGAUGGUGGAGUUCUUGGCCUAUGAUUCCUUGGGCACAGCCCUGACAGUAAUCUCUGUGGUGGGCGCCUGCCUCACUACAGCUGUCUUUGCAGUCUUUUUCUAUCACAGAAGCACAGCCAUUGUCCGUGUGAAUAACUCUGAACUCAGCUUCUUAAUCCUGCUUGCGCUGACUCUGUGUUUUCUGUGUUCCCUGGUGUUCAUUGGGGAGCCAACACGUUGGUCCUGCAUGCUGCGCCACACUGCCUUUAGCAUCACAUUUUCACUUUGCAUCUCCUGCAUUCUGGGGAAGACACUGGUGGUGUUGGCUGCUUUCACUGCCACCAGGCCAGGGGACAACAUCAUGAAGUGGCUGGGGCCGAAACAGCAGAGGGUCAUUAUCUUUAGUUGCACUCUGGUUCAGGUGGUUAUCUGUGCUGCCUGGCUCCUUGAUGCUCCCCCUUUUCCAUCCAGAAAUACACAAUAUGAACGCUCAAAGAUCAUACUGGAGUGUAGUGUGGGCUCCAGCCUCGCAUUCUGGUGCGUUCUAGGAUAUAUUGGUCUACAGGCCUGUCUGUGCUUUGUACUCGCUUUUCUGGCCCGUAAGUUGCCGGGCAACUUCAACGAGGCCAAGUUCAUUACUUUCAGCAUACUGAUCUUCUGUGCUGUGUGGCUGGCAUUCAUCCCUGCUUAUAUCAGCUCCCCUGGGAAGUAUGCAGAUGCAGUGGAGUCAUUUGCCAUUCUGGCUUCCAGCUUUGGCUUGUUGUUCUGCCUGUUUGCUCCAAAGUGUUACAUUAUUUUACUGAAGCCAGAAAGAAAUACAAAACAGCAUCUAAUGGGGAAAGAAAAUCUCAUAAGUUAA